AUGUCUUUAGUGCGCACAUUUUACGAUCCAUUCACCGAGUUCGACAAGCUAUUUGACGAUGCUUUCAAUGCUCGUUUCCAUCCCUCCCCUACCAUCGAGGGUAAUACUACCUUGACUCAUCGCCGUGAUCGGGCAUUCCCUAGGUAUGUCGUUGACUCGUAUCAACACAGGAUGGAUCUACACGAGAACUCUGAGACCAAGACGGUCACGGCGACAUUGGAACUUCCCGGCAUCAAACAACAGGAUGUCAAUGUCGAGGUCCAUGGAAAUCGUCUGACAAUAUCCGGAGAGUCGAAAUGCUCAGAUAAUUACAACAAGGACAGCUAUGUGGUGCAGGAGCGUUCUUAUGGCAAAUUUUCCAGGACCCUUCAAAUUCCUCAGGGAAUCAAGCGAUUUGGUGUUGACGGUUAUUGUGCCCUUCAGGCUGAGGACGUCCACGCGAAGAUGGAGAAUGGAGUGCUUACUGUGUCCUUCCCGAAGGUUGGACCGGACCAGCAACCCCAGCGAAUUGCGAUCGCGUAACGCGGUGGAUCGCUUAGCCCAAUCCAUUGUCAUUUCAAAUCUGUAUCAUUAGCCUAGUACAAAGGUG